UCAGUCCCUUUCUCAAUCUCCUCACUUCGAUUUCCCUCGUCUUCUUUUAUUCUCUACAUCCACCGCGGGCGUUCCAUUCUAGGCGUCAAUAAAUCUCACUUCUAUUGAUUACCCGCAGUCGGGCUUUUUGCCUUGAUCCCCUAAUUCGACCGAAGGCUAUCUAGACCUCCUUCUUUCAUCAACAGCCAUUUUAUCAUACAAAAUGCUUUUUCUACAUUCUCUCGCUCUUCUCGCCUCCGUCGCUGGACUGGUGAACGGCCAAACCAUUGAUCCAAGCACCGUUGCGGAAUCCACCAGAGAACAAUGGUGUCAAUCGCAGACCUCCGCCUGUCCACUUCUGUGCCUCCAGGUGCCUGGAGCGUCGAACAAGCCCAAGGACAACGACUGCAGCGCGAAAACUUUGGACUAUUCUUGCGUCUGCAGUAACGGCGUUUCUCCCAAUGCUUCGGAAUACUCCGAGACGAUGCCCUACUUCAUUUGCACGGAGCAGAACAACAAAUGUGUGAAUGCCUGCGACAACGGCGAUUCUAGCUGCCAGUCGGACUGCCGCAAUGACCAUCCCUGCGGAGCUCAGAACCCCAAGCGCGUCAACAAGACCACUGCCACUAGCACUAUUAGCACUCCGGCUGCCACCACCUCUCUGGCUCCUUUCACCGGAGAGGCCGAUGGAAAGGAGGGUCUUGCUCCCAGACAAUCGGUUGAGAUGGGACAGGUCUACGGCAUGGUUGCGUUGGUUGGCGCUUUCCUCGCGGGCUUUACAACCUUGCUCUAACUGCCUUUCCAAUGGCCACUUCUCGGUAUCUGGUUUGAGAUUUUCCUGGCUCUGAAAUCAUAGGACGGUCAUCUCUCGAUCCCGCUCCUUGUUUCUUUCCGGUAAUAGCAUAUUUGCCUACAUUGCACUUGUCUUUUCAGCGUUACGUGGAGCGUUUCAUUUCUUCUCCUUUCGAUUCUAUGGUUUAUCGUCCACGCAUGUCAUAAUGGUUCUGUCCCAUAAUAAUAUUCGCGUGUUCCUUGAUGCGCUUAACUAGAAAGAACAGAAUUUCUAGAAACUUUAAAAAUCAGCGAAGUAAACGGACUUUUAUCAAAUAGCCCUUGA